AUGUUCAACAGUGACUCAUUUCAGAAGCUGCUGAAGAUGGAAUUCCGCAAGCUUCAAGAAACCCAAAAAGCCCAGCAGGAGUUUUAUAUGCAGCGUAAACUUUCCCGACAUGAAGAGAGGAAACAGCCGUUUUACUUUGCUUUAGAGGUAUUGAAAAUUCUGAAGGAAGAAAUCCCUCGAACCUUCAGGGAAAAUCGCUUCGACGACCCGCCUACAAAUAGCUCUCAACCAACAUCAAUUUUGUUAGUGUCAGAGAGUCCUCCAUCAGUCACACGUACACCAGGCUCAUCUCAGGCGAAAAGAAGAGAUCAAGGGUUCAUCUUUAACAUGAAUGACGAUAGUGCUCUAUUGGCAGGAAAAAGCACUUCAUGCAGCAUAUCAAACUCGGAAUGCACUCCUCUGCCUGUUGUCGUACACUCCUCUGUAUCUCCAAAUCGAUCAGAGUCUGACCAGAAAAACAUUGAAGUUUCCAAUGAAGAACUAGAUACACCAGAGCAGCAAGAAAGCGGCGCUGCUUACAUGCGUUUGCCGCCCUUUGGUUCUCCAAAACUUCGUCCUCGCCCGAGCGCCGGACGAAAGUCCCUUGAUCAUCCAAAUAAUAAAAGCGACGAGGAUGACAGUACGGCAGACAACUCUUGA